AGAGUAGGGAGGAAAGGGGGAGAAGAGUAGGGGUCUCUCAAGAGGGAGGGGAGAGAAAAAAAAGAAAAGAAGAAAAGAAGAUAACAUCUCUUGUGUUGGCUCUCUGGUUGAAGAAGAAGAAGAAGAAGAAGAAGUAGAAGAAGAUUGGGGCAUCGGGUCGACCGGAGAGGUUCAAAUCCGGCGAAAUCGGCGAAGAUCUGAUCGGAUAAUUCGCCGUGUUGUGAAAAGUAGAAUUUUUUUUUUUCGGGAAGAAGAAGAAGAAGAAGAAGAAGGAGAAGGUAAGGAUAGAAUAGAUCUGAUUGGAUGAGAGAGAUCGGAGGAGGAUGGAGAGGAGCCGAGAAGCGAGAAGAGGAAGCAUGGCGGCUCUGAACGGCGGGCUGUCGAGAAGGCGGCAGAGGACCGGCGGCUUAAGAGACUCGCCAGAGGCGGAUGGAGGGAUGGAGAUGGCGGAGACGACGAGGCUGCGGGAGCGGGCGGCGAGGAAAGAGCGAGAUCGGGAUCGGGAGAGGGAGAGAUCGGGGCGGAGCAAGCGGAGGAGAGGGGAGCGGAUGAUGCUCCACGACAGCAACAGGGACGAAGGGGACGACACCUCCGACGACAGCGUAGACGAAGAAGACGACGAGGAGGACACCGUCUCCGCCACCACCGCCGUCCGCCUCCUUCCGCCGCCGCCUCUGCCGCCGAAUAAUCCCCCUUCGAUGGCGCCGUCGUCGGCUGCACACUACCACCACCAUCAACAGCAAAACAAUAACUACCACCAUCUGCAGCAGCAGCAGCAGCAGCAGCAGCUGCUUCUGCUGCAGCGGAAGAGCUUUCCGGCGAAGUCUCCGGCUGUGUGGAAGACCGACGAGAUGAUCGGAGUCCAAGUGCCAAGAAAAGCCCGGUCAGCGUCCACGAAAAGGUCAUCACAUGAGUGGUUGGUUUCAGGUAGUGGAGGCGGCGCCGGCGCCGGCGCCGGCGGCGUCGGAAACGGUGGCGGCGGCGGCGGAGUAGUAGAUCCGUCGCAGAUCCAGCGGCAAGCUUCGCCGUCUCCGUCGCGGAUGAGCCCGGCUUCCACCUCCCAGAUCUCGCCGUCUUCCUCCAACGCCUCGGUUCGCAAGAAGAUGAAGCCCGUGAUCGGAUCGAAGCAACGGCCCCCGAAGAUCGCCAAGCAGGCUUUCAUACAAGAGGAGAUCGAGGUCGCCGAGGUCUUGUUCGGCAUGACCCGGCAGUUCCAGGGCCCUCUGAAGCAGGAGAGCGACGCGGUUGAUUCCAGAGACGCGAACGCCGGCUUCGCCAACGAAUCUAGAUCGGCAGCCUCCCCGCCGAAUACGGCCUCCCCUCAUCCGCCGUCCGCGCAGCAAUCUGUUCUUGGCCCCUCGGAAUCUAGCUCGAAUCCAUCCUCUUUACCCGCCGCCGCCGCUGUUGCUGUGAAGAGGAAACGACCGAGGUUCCUCAAGUGUGAAGAUGAGAGCACCGUGACGACAACGCCGGUCUCAGUUGCUGCUGCGUCGAGCACAGCUGCUUCGUCUGCAGUCAAGAUGGAAGCAGAGCAUCAGGUGAAGUCGGAAGCCGCCUUGCCCAAGUCGGAGAAGAAGGGCGAAUCUUUUGCCCACGAGAACGGCGGCGCCUCGGUCUCGGGGGCCGCAGCUUCUGAGGUUGCGGCCGCCACAGUAGUAGAGAAGCAAGAUUCGGAUGUGAAGGAGAAAGCCCUCCUCGUUCCUGAACUGAAGCUGUCGGGCGGAGAGCCCGACAAGCAAGAUCCGCCGGAGAAACCUAAAGAAGCUGUUGCGCCUGCAAAGGAAGCUCCAUGCAAUGAUUUGGCCGAUCUCGACACCAACCGCAGCAAGACAACUUCGACAAAAAUGUCAGAUUUGAGUACUCCGGCUUCUGACGGCAUCCGGGAGAAGUUCACUAUCGAUCUCAUGGCACCUCCUCCGGGGAAAUUUUCUCCAGAGAGGGAUGGCUCCUGUAAUUUCGAUACAGGGCACGCGGCAUCAGCUACAGAAAUUGACAUGGUAUCGAAGUUAAGCACCGAGAAGAAGGAAGAUAAGGCUCGGAAAGAUGAAGUUUCGUUACAAAGGAAGAAGGUUGAAGAGCUCCCGAGCGAUGAAUUCAACCCAAAGAAGCAGAUUGUCAAGGAGAGAAACCUUGACCUGCAACUUGACUUGGAGCAGCCCGACAGAGACGGCCCGAGCUGCAGUAAAAUGCAAUAUGAUAAGCUUCAAACGAGACCCUCUGAAGCAGAGCCUAAACGAGAUAAAGCCGCUCUCCCCGGGUCUUUGCCUGUCCCAAUGACGGUCGCAGGAUGGCCCGGAAACUUUCCUUCUUUCGGGUAUGUCGGUCAAGUCCCAUCUCUCCCUGCGGUUGUUCCGAUGGAUGCAAACUCACGAUCCUCCAAUAUGUUGCAGCCGCCUGUAUUGAUCUCACCUGAACCGCGCCCAAAGCGAUGUGCGACGCAUUGCUACAUCGCCAAGAGCAUACACUGUCAGCAACAACUUGCGAAGAUGGGUCCAUUCUGGCCUGCUGCAGCUGGCACCGCCGCCCCUUACGGGGCUAAGCCUUACAAUCUCAGUUUGGUGCCGCCCGCAGGCGCUGCUGCUCUGUUUGGAAGCCAAAUGCAGGGGAUGUUUUCAGGGAGGAAUAUGGGGUCUCUUCAAGGUAGUAGAGAGAUUCCCAUGGUCACCGCCAUCUCAGGAAAUCCUUCUAAUGAGAAGAUCUUGGCCGGUAAUAAUGCGAUCGGCGAUCCUGCCCAGAGGAAGGAGCCAGUCCUUCAGCAAGCACCUCAGGGCACAUCAGCACCAAAUAUUCUUCAUGGCCCUGCUUUCAUUCUUCCUCCUCUCAAUCAGCAGCAGCAGGCAGUGGUUGCUGCUGCGGCCGCCGCUUCUGCGGCGAGCCGAGCGGGAGCUACAACAUCGGUUGCUGGAGUUACUAGCGGACCGCCAGCCUCUGGAGCCUCCGCCGCAUCAGUGGCGAGUUCCAAGGCUGGUGGAUCAGCUCCUCCUGUAAAUUUGAGUUUUGCCGGUCUUCGCGCUAAUGAAGCUCAUCAGUAUAUGGCUAUACUACAGAACAACGGAUAUCCUUUUCCUAUACCGCCGCAUGUUGCCGGACCUCCGUCAUACAUCGGAGCAAGUCCGCCUCAAGCAAUGCCUUUCUUCAAUGGGUCUUUCUAUCCUUCCCAAAUGUUGCAUCCCUCGCAACUCCAGUCUCAGCAGCAGCAGCCGAAGCAGCAGCAAGCGCAGGGUCCUCAGCAACCUCAGCAUGUUCAACAAGGCCAUCAGAACACAAGCGCAUCGAGCGUUUCAUCUUCCUCCCAGAAGCACCAACGGCAGUCAUCACAGCACGCUCCUGCAGCUGUUGUUAAUGGUGCUGCUGCGACCUCCCAUGACUUUCUGGCAAACAGCCAGCGGCAUCAGCAGCAGCUCCUUCAGCAGCCUCGGAAGCAGGAGAGUGAGAAGGGCAUCGAGGAUAACCCAUCCGCCGCAGAUAGCAGGGCUCGGCAGGGUCAAAAGAACUUGUAUGGUUACAACUUACCCAUGCCGCCUACUCAUCCUCUGAUGUCUGCCGCUGCUGCCUCAGCUGCAUUGGGGCGUGGCGGCGGUGGGGCCAGUGCCGGUCACAAUGAGAAGCAGACUGUCCAACAGCAGCAGCCGCCACACCCGACCAUGAAAGUGGAUCUCAUGACAUCCCAAGCCAUGACCAUGACCAUGCCCUUUGCUUCACUGAAUGGUGUUGCCGCCGCUCCUGGCCUUGAUUUCUCUUCCGUUGUGCAGAACCAUGCUCUUUUUCAGAGCCUUCCCGAAGCCGCUAGGCAUGCAAUCAACAGUCAGCUAACCGCAACCUUGGCGGCCGCCUCUGCUGAGGCAGCUCAGCAAAAGAAGACCCAGCACCCCGUAUCAGAAGAUAGGAAGGGCCAUCCUGCGAACUCUGACAAUUCGCGAAAAGAUGAUCGGAAAAUGGUGGCCUCCGUCAAAGCGCCGGGCAAUGGAUUGCAGCAUUCCUUCACCUUCUCCAAACCUGAUGCCGCUUCGCAAGUUCCUUCCAUUCGUCUAGAUACUGUAUUAGACAACUCUUCCAAGACCCUGAGCCUGAUUCCUGGUCAGAUGCAUCAUUCGACAAGUACACCGGCAUCUUCUACUGCAGCAGUUGGUGCCGCUAUAAACAUUCCCAACUCGCAGCAGCCUCAGCUGAUGCAGAACCAAAAGCAGCAGCAGCAGCAGCAGCUACAACUGCAGCAGCUGCAGCAGCAGCAACACAUGCAGAUGCAGCAACAGCUUGUUUCAUCCCGAAUGAAGCCCUCCACUUUGAGCAGCAGUCCUGGCGCCUAUACUGAGCGUCUCCCGGCAGGCUCUCCUGGGGGCAAGUUUCCUCAAACUCAAGCUGCCCUGCCCGGCUUCCCUCCAGGAUCAGCCCGAGCAGCUAUGCCUUUUUCUGUUCCUGUCUCUACUCCAAUCUCAAAGAAUAGUAAUCUUCCUCAGCAGCAAAUGAGAGCCUCCCCUUCUCAGCAAACACAGAUAUCUUUUGGUGUGAACUCGAUGAAGGGUGCACCGUCCAGGGCAGCUAGCAAUCCUCCUCCAUCUGCAGCUGCUGCAUCUACCGCUGUUGUUGGCUCUCCCCAAAAUUCUACGUCGAAGGGCAGCGGUGAGAGCUUAGGGGUUUCUACCAGUGCGAAGCCGGGCCAGUCGACUGUAACGUCGCCGCUCCCACAGCAAUCAUCUGUCAAGAGCUCGCCAUCAAAUUCGACUCAGAAGUCAUCCUCGGCAAACAAUCGGAGCCUACCAUCUAUUCUUGGCCAGCCGCAGCUUUCAUCUGCGCCGACUGCAAACACCAAAUCACAACAGCAGCAGCAGCAGCAGCAGUUGCAGAGGCAGCAGCUCUACUUUUCCCCUGGGUACAUGCAACAAUCCAAUGCCGCAGCCGCCGCGUAUUAUCAAAAACGGCCGGCAGAACAGGCAGCACAGACACAGCAGCAGAUGUUGAGACCGGGUUCCAUGGGGCUUCUUGCCCUUUCCCCGUCUUCCCAAGCUUUGACGGGUGCUGUGACUGCAGCUGACCCUGCGAAGUCUACAGCAGCUGCCAACGGCGUCAAGGGAGGAAUGCCACAGCCCGGUUUGCUGCAUGCUCCGGGCAAUCCACAUGCCAUCAUGUCUGCCACCUUCCCUUGUAUGUCCAUGCAACCUGUCUCCAUCAAACCUGCGACCACUGACCAGAAGCCUGCUGCUGAGAAACCGUUGGAGUGCCGCACAAAAUGAACAGUUUGCGAUCCCCGGCGGCAGCCUGAGAAAGAGAGAAGAUGGUAGAGAGAACGAUCGGUGGCGAAGAUGAUGCUGAUGAUAUUGCUGACAUCCUCUUAGCACGGACCUGGCUUGCUGCUUGUAUUUGCACCGGCUUGGAAUGGGGUGACUUCAAUUGAUCCCAUCUCUGUUUUGAUUUUGUGGGAAGGAGAAAAAAAAAAGAAAAAGAAAGCUAAGACUGUUUUAUGUGUAUAAAGAUACUCGGUCUCUCUGGUAGGCAUGGUGAUCAAUUGCUAACAUACCACAAUGAUGGUCUAGUUUAUGUUCUUUCUUUUCUUCUUGUUCCUGGCCCAGAUUUAUUUAAAGGAUAAGGGGGGAGGGACUAUUGCCUUUAUAUUUACCCAUCUAGUCUAGCUGUAUGAUUUGGUGUUUCAUUUGUUUGCAAUCCUCCUCGAAGAAGAGGUAAGAAGAAAAAGAGAAAGCAUCUGCCUUUUUAGUGUUUUUGCUUGAUUUCCUUUGUA